AUGUCGGCUGCUAGCGAAGAGGAUGAGAUACAGGAAGAAGACUCCGAAGUCGACAGUGCAUAUGCAAGUCCGGUCGUCAAGGUGAUUGUCGGAUCACCAGCACAAGUCUUUCUCAUUCACAAGAAUCGCUUGACAGAGGCGAGCGAGUUCUUCAGGGCUUGCCUUUCGACAGAUCGAACAACGAAAGAACCAAAUCAUUCUUCCAGAGGACCCGUGUCGAGCCUUUAA